GUAAGAAUGGCGAAUACAUUUUCAGAAAAUAAUAAAAUAACAAAAGAAAUUCCAACUGCGAGCUGCCUCACUACAAUGGUAGAAGAGAAGGAAAGGAAGAAUGCCUGUCUAUUUUGUGAAAAGGAGAACCAUAACAGUAUUGAAUGUUACAAAUUACAAAAGUUGUCGGCAGAUCAACGCAAGGACAUAAUAUUAAAGAAGAAAGCAUGCACCAUCUGUCUGAAAAAAGGCCACUUCUGGAAAAACUGCAGAGCCUCGGUCAGAUGCCUGAUCUGCAACAAGAGACAUUCAACAGUUAUAUGCACAGCUUCACAGACAACUAAGCAGGAUCCAGAAAAAGCAUACCAGCCAUCUCCGCAAAAGAAAACCACUACAGCGGCAACAUCUUCAACUCAAGCCACAACAACUCUUCUACAGACACUCAUGGUAGAGAUAGAAUAUAAAGGGAAGAAAAUAAAAACAAGAGCACUAUUUGACAGCGGUUCCCAGAAAACAUACUUACAGCAGGACAUCAUAGAAGAGCUUCAAAUACCUUCAAUAAAAGAAGAAGUACUCACCCAUAAUCUCUUCGGAGGACUGCAGACCGCAUCACAAGUUCAUAAAUUAUAUGAUAUAACAGUGCAAAGCUUGGAUGGAACUUUCAAGAUUGACAUGGAGGCCCUCGGGAAAUCUUGUGUGUGUACUAAUGUUCCCAGCUUUAAUACAAAAGACAUUACUAUCUAUAACAUGCUAAAAACACAUAAGAUAUGUCUAACUGACAAAGGCGAUAGUACUGACAUAGGUCUUUUGAUAGGGGCAGAUUUCUCAGGACUUCUAAUGACUGGUACAAUAAUUAAUCUAAAAGAUGGACUUGUGGCAAUUAAAACAAAACUAGGAUGGACAUUACAAGGAAAACAAGUAGGUAUAUUUAAUAAUGUAACCAUUUCUAUGUUCUGCUCUGAGUUGACAGAUUACUGGGGUUUGGAGACAUUGGGAAUACAGGAUCCUGUGGAGACAAAAACAAAGGCGGCUGUUGCAGAGGAGGUGCUAGCAUCAUUCAAUGAGAGUGUGAAUAUUAAUGAAGAAAACAGGUUUCAGAACAGGGGCAAUUGGUAUCACAGCUGAUAUACAAAAGGCAUUUUUGCAAAUCAGCAUUUCCCCAGCUGACAGAAACUACUUGAAAUUUUUAUGGUGGGAAAAUGAAGAUUGUAACAAUGUUAUUGUUUAUAGACAUUGCAGAGUGGUAUUUGGAUUAACAUGCAGCCCAUUUUUACUGUCUGCCACACUCAUACAUUACCUGAACAGUAUAACAGGAGCAUAUCAACAGUCGGCACAGCUUCUGAAAAAAUCAUGGUAUGUAGAUAAUUGUAUAACAAGUUUAGAUACAGAAGAAGAAGCAAGAAAA